AAAUAGCGAUAAAUAUAACCUUUUGCUUGCUUUGCUUUUGUUUGCAUUGCUUUUGUUUUUAUUUUUACUUAGAUUUGUUGUUAUAAUAUUAUAUCGUUUGUGAGAUUUAUACAAGUAUCCGAAAAAAUAAAACAAUGAGUUCCCCAAUUCCUGAUACACCGCCCGAAAGAGACGGAGCACGAUCAAGAAUGACUUCACCAGCUAGAGAAUAUGAGAUGUUUGAAGAUGAAAGUGCAAUUCUUGGAGAUAACGCGGCUGAAGAAGAAGAAGAUGGAGAGGAGCUUUUCAACGAUAAUAUGGAGGCAGACUAUCGUCCUAUGCCAGCAUUAGACCGAUAUGACAAUGAGGAUUUAGAUGAUGAAGAUUAUGAUCCUAUGUCUAUCGAAGAUCGUGUGGCUGCUGAACAAGAAUUGCGGAGGCGUGAUAGAGAUGAAGGCAGAGUGAGAAGAGAUGACCGUGGAUUGCUUUAUGAUGAAUCAGAUGAAGAGGGUGCAGAUGCACCUCGUGCCAAACGACGUCGGGCCGCCGAGAAAGCUGCUGCUGGUACGGAUGAGCAGGUUGAAGAGGGCAUUGAAAGUAUAGAGAACCUUGAGGACACGAAGGGAUAUACCACUAAGGAAUGGGUCUCCAUGUUAGGUCCUCGCACGGAGAUUGCUAACAGAUUCAAAAACUUCCUCCGUACAUACACUAAUAAUAAAGGGCAGUUUGUCUACAAAGACCGUAUUCGACGAAUGUGUGAACACAAUCAAGCGUCGUUCCACGUGGAGUUUGAUGUACUAGCGCGAAGGGAACAAGUGCUCGCCUACUUCUUGCCAGAGGCACCGUUUCAAAUGCUGCAAAUCUUUGAUGAGGUUGCCAAGGAGAUCGUUUUACAAAUAUUUCCAAGUUACGAACGGGUAACUUCCGAAAUCCACGUCCGAAUAUCUGAUUUGCCGCUGAUUGAAGAGUUGAGAACAUUCAGAAAGCUACACUUGAAUCAGCUUGUGAGGACAGUGGGUGUGAUUACUGCUACAACCGGUGUUCUACCCCAGCUCUCUGUAGUGAAAUAUGAUUGUAAUAGAUGUGGCUACAUUCUUGGACCGUUCGUUCAAUCGCUGAAUACUGAAGUGAAGCCUGGAUCUUGUCCGGAGUGUCAAAGUGCUGGACCUUUUAUGGUGAACAUGGAGCAAACGGUGUACCGUAACUAUCAAAAAGUAACAAUCCAGGAAUCUCCGGGGCGGAUCCCCGCUGGUCGUAUUCCCCGCAGUAAAGACUGUAUAUUGUUGGCAGAUCUGUGUGAUAGAUGCAAGCCUGGGGAUGAGGUGGAUUUAACUGGAAUAUAUACCAAUAACUAUGAUGGAUCACUCAAUACUGAGCAGGGUUUCCCAGUGUUUGCAACAGUUAUCAUAGCAAAUUACAUAGUGGUCAAAGAUUGCAAGCACAUUGUAGAGUCGUUGACGGAUGAAGAUGUUGCUAACAUUGUUAAACUAUCCAAAGAUCCCAACAUUGGUGAGAAAAUCGUGCAGAGUAUAGCUCCAUCGAUUUAUGGACAUGAUUAUAUAAAAAGGGGACUGGCGCUCGCUCUAUUUGGUGGUGAACCAAAAAAUCCAGGUGAAAAACACAAAUUGAGAGGGGAUAUCAAUGUUCUCAUUUGCGGCGACCCAGGAACUGCCAAAUCACAAUUCUUGAAAUACACAGAAAAGAUCGCGCCCCGUGCAAUAUUCACCACAGGGCAGGGCGCCAGUGCGGUCGGUCUUACGGCUUAUGUGAGAAAGAAUCCUACAACCAGGGACUGGACUCUGGAAGCAGGUGCUUUAGUCCUGGCAGACCGAGGCGUAUGUCUUAUUGACGAGUUUGACAAAAUGAAUGACCAAGACCGAACCUCGAUACACGAAGCCAUGGAACAGCAAUCUAUCUCUAUAUCUAAAGCUGGUAUCGUCACUUCGCUGCAUGCGAGGUGUUCAAUCAUAGCGGCCGCCAACCCCAUAGGUGGGCGUUACGACGCGUCGCUAACGUUCUCUGAAAAUGUAAAUCUGUCAGAGCCAAUACUGUCGCGUUUCGACGUGCUUUGCGUCGUGCGAGAUGAGGCGGACCCUAUGAAGGACGCACAUUUGGCUAAGUUCGUCGUGAGCUCUCACAUCCGGCAUCACCCAACACAGCGAGGUACAACUCUAGAGGAUAACACCGCCGAUGAUAUCGGCAUACCGCAAGAUCUCCUGAAGAAGUACAUUGUAUAUUCUAGGGAAAAUGUGCAUCCCAAACUUCAGAAUAUGGAUCAAGACAAAGUUGCAAAAAUGUACAGCCAGUUGCGUCAGGAAUCCUUGGCUACAGGCAGCUUACCCAUAACUGUUCGACAUAUUGAAUCAGUGAUACGUAUGAGCGAGGCGCACGCCCGGAUGCAUCUGCGCGCGCAAGUCAACGAGGAGGACGUUAAUAUGGCCAUACGCACCAUGCUCGAGAGUUUCGUCGAUACACAGAAGUACAGCGUAAUGCGCGCGAUGAGACAGACAUUCCAGAAGUACCUGUCAUAUAAGAAGGACCACAGUGAGCUUUUGUACUACAUUCUUCGUCAACUUACAAUGGACCAACUGGCUUACAUGCGAGGCCUGCACAAUCAUUCGCAGUCAACAAUUGAAAUCUCAGAACGGGACCUUAUGGAGAGAGCCCGACAAAUAAACAUCACAGACUUAAAACCUUUCUACGAUAGUAGGAUAUUCAAAAUCAACAAUUUCAGCUACGAUCAAAAGAGAAAAGUCAUAAUUCAUGCGUUGCCAGAAACACCCAGUGUUUCAUAGUGAAAAAGAACUAGGUAUCAAUUUGUGGGUACAUGAAAAUUAAAAACCUCUUCAAGGAGUACAAUAAUUUGAAACUACAAGUACAAUAAACAGUUUUGUAAUGUGUCAUUGUUAUGGUAUGUAAGUUAAACAGUUAAACGAUGGAGUCAAAAAGAAGUAAAAGUUUAAAAUGUCUUGUAACGAUACUUUGACGUAGCUCAUAACUUUGUUUUUUUCUUCACUAAUACAGAGAUUGGAAGAUGGCUGCAAAGCUGUAAGGGGAAGGCGGUCUAAACUGUAUCGCAAGCACACUUGUUACUUAACUAAACAAGUAGUAAAAUUAAAAAUUUUGUACAACGGACUUCAAUAUAACUUAUUAAGGAUAACUCAAAAACUACUGGUCACACGUUGAUCAAAUUUAUAUGUGAUCACAUCAGAAGCACCAGCUAUCGAGUAAAAAAAAAUCCUCAAAAUCGGUUCAUCUUAAAAAAUGUUGUGAGGUGACACACAUCAAAAAGUAUGUGGUAUGUGGUAGAGCCAUGCUGCAGCUAUAUUAGUAAUAUAGCUGUAGCACGAAUGAGUCGGCUCGACCGGGGAAGGACCACGUUCUCACAGAAUACCGGCGUAAAAUAGCAGCUUAACGCUGCUGUGUUUCGUUUGGUGAGUGUAGAGCAGGCGUAGGACAGUUGCCUUGAACCACAAAAAAUCAAUGGAUUCGCCAUUCAUAAUUAGUUUCCAAAAAAAUUUUGUUUAUAGUUGGUCUUAUGGCUUCACAGAUAUGGCUACUUUGGAAAAAUAAAAUGAAAUUAACUUACAAAAUAAAAAUAAGUGCACCAAAUAAUUAUUGGUGAUGUUAUUAAUAACAAAUUAUCAUUUUCAUAUAAAAAUACGUAAUAAUUAUCGAAUCAAUCGAUAAAUAUGCUAAUUAUGAUACUGGCAGCAACCAGCAUAUUAUAAUAAAAAAUAAAAAUGAAAUAAUUGUCAUACUAAAUUUUCAUUCUUGUUUCAUUGCAAAUACCCUUUUUAUAAAUUAUUAUCUCAGAAAUACAAGUGUACUGAUUGAAACUAGUUCUCUACUUUUAAUAUUAAAAGUAUAAAUUUGUAUUACAAAAAAGUAGGAACUGUUUCAGUAAGUAUAUAGCUAUAUGUAGCGAAUUAGUAUGGGUUCAAUUUGUAUGGGACGCUAGUAGUUCAAUUUUACCUGCAAUAAAAUAUCGUCAGAGGGCUCUCGUUUCCUGUAUGUAAUUAUUAUACUCUUUGGUGUAGAGAACCGCAGACCCUUUUAACUGGAAAUGAGGCCUUCCAUCUUAGUCCUUACGGGUGACAAGGCAUAUGCAUUUUGAUUCGUAGUUGAGGAUAGAUAUCGAUGUCUAUGGGUCACAGCAACUACUUAACAUCAGGUGGACGACUCUGUGCCCGUUUGUCACCAUUAUCCUAUACUUAUAAAAAAAAUACAGUCCAUUUGAGAACCUCCUCCUUUUUGAAGUCGGUUAAAUCAAAAUAAGCUAUGACAAUGACGAGUCCCUUAGUUACAGACCCUGACUAAAGAAACACGAUCUUGAUGCUUUAUGUCCGUCGCACCGCGGCCUUUGGAGAAUACUGUUUACAAUUGAGUACAAUUUGGUUCUAUAACGUUUCGUUAAUUCUUAGAAUUGAGUAACUCUGAUAUCAUUUCGGAUACAAAAAGUAUGAUUUUGCAAGGAUGUUACGGAUAUGACAUUUCGAAUCUGGAUAUGGAUAUGGGAAUAUUAAAUCGGUUUCAGUUACUGCCAUAAAAUUAUUUCUGAUUAUCCGUUACUUUCGGAUCGGAUUAGAUUUUUGAAAAAUUUAACUAAAAUACAAAUAAGUAGGUAAUCAUUUGGCUUUCUUGUUCCCGUACGGGAUUCCGUACGCAAUGCGGAAUUUCGAAUUGAAAAAAAAUUCAAACGGAAAACUUCUGUACGUGUGAUAGGUCCUUGAUUCUAUAUGGAUAUGCUUCGUACGGAAUCCCGAAUCGGAAUUUGGAAACUGAAUCACGAAUGUAUCUGGCCGGCUUUAGGAUUCGGUUACUGCUCCGGAUAAUUCAUAUUUCGAAUAUCCGAUAGUUUCGAUUAUGGUUACGGAGCUCCUCCAUAACGUCCCUAGUUGUCUAUUGUUAUAUUAGUCUGCCUAAAAAUUUAAUUUUGUUCCGUCGAUCUGAGUUCUGGGUCUCAAUUUUAAUAAUUUGCAACAUCCGCGCAAAUGAUGCCUCAAAUGAAAGAGUAAUAACCAUAGUGUUUUCAAAAAGGUUUGAAUAAAAAAAAGCACCAACCGUUUUUUUUUUAUUUAGCCUCUUAAGACCUGUUUCUUUAAAAUUGAAAAUUUUCGUGAACUUAUUGUAUGUACAAAAAUGUCUGAUGACACAGAUGCUUAAACCAUGUUUUGUUAGAUUGCUUACACGUUACUUUAAUUAAAAAAAUAUUAUCAAUAAAACUGGCAAUUAUUAGCAAUUAACUGUAAAAUUUUGGGUUUUAUCACC